AUGCAGACCUACAGAUGUCUGUUUUUCGAGCGCACAAGCAAGAUCGCUGAGCGGUCACUGUACGAAAUAUACGAUUUGGCGGCGGACUACUCGGCCCUUUCGAAGAUUGAUACGACGGGCGAAUCCGAUGAUAAUCAGGUGACUCUUCGCACUACGUUCGGCUCGGCUGCUUCGCACAACGGACGUGCCUGUACUGACCUCAACUGGUCACCACACAAACUUGAACUAUUUGUGUGCGCGUACGCGGACACCCCCCGUAUUGGAGGCCCCACAAAUGCGGAGCCCGAUGGUAUUGUGGCUGUGUGGAAUGUGAAUGUUCCCAGCAGCCCGGAGUUUGUCUUCUACUGCCAGUCUGCUGUGAUGUCUGUGUCGUUCUCGCCUUACAGGCCAAGUCUGAUUGUGGGCACGCUAUAUACCGGGCUGAUUGUGGUGUGGGACAUGAGCUCGGCAUCUGGCCCUGUCCAACGAACACCGGUGCAAAGGUCGAAGCUAUCGAAGAAAAGCAGUACCAAGAUGCACGGACACUCACACCCUGUGUACUGCCAGGGAUGGGUGGGCACCCAGAAUGCACACAAUCUUAUCACCGUCUGCAACGAUGGCAAGCUCUGCGUGUGGAACCCGGACAAUAUAGACGAGCCCAUUGAGGCGCAAGAUCUAAAGAGAAGUGCACUGAAUUCUAAUCUGCCGGUCACAUCCAUCGCAUUUGCGGAUGGUGAAAUGAGUGAAUUCGUGGUCGGUGGUGAAGAUGGUGGCCUGUAUGCUGUACCAAGAUACGUCAUCAAUCCAAAGCAAAGGCACAAUGACACCGGCAGUACCGCAAUGAAGCCCAAGAAGUUCGAAGACGUACACUACGGGCCCGUGCUGGGACUAAGCAGUCACCCGCGCAAGGGCGAGGUAGACCUGAGUGAUCUGAUCCUGUCAUGCUCUGCAGAUUGGACACUGAAGCUCUGGCACAAAUCGACACAGAAGUCGAUCAUCACCUUUGAGGAUUCCGCGGAUUACGUAUACGACGUGGCCUGGUCGCCCGUGCACCCCACUGUAUUUGCCUCAAUCGACGGAGCGAGCAAUCUAAGCCUGUGGAACCUGCUCUCUUCGCAGGAAGUGCCCGUGAAGACUGAAGUAGUCAAUGCAGACGGUGCUGCGUUAAACUGUAUCGAAUGGAACGCAAACGGCACACGUGUCAUGGUGGGCGAUUCGGUUGGCCGGUGUCACUUGUUCGAUAUAGGAGAGGCCUUCUGCAAACCAAGGGAAGACAGCUGGACAGCCCUGCGCGACAUGGUGCGCGAGUUAUUAGCUGAUAAUGCGACGGCGUCGUGAAUGAAAUAGGUUGGCAUCUGUGCCAAGGAUAAUAAAAUAAGCGCAUCGCAGACAGUGUCU